CGGGGCCGGGCGCACGAUGCGCUGCGGGGCGCUGGCGCUGGCGCUGCUCUGCUCCCUGCCCCUGUGUCCGGCGGGGCUGGAGCCCCCCGAGCCGGGCUCCGGGCUGCACCCAGAUGAAGUGAACUUGCUGGACAAAAUUACUUCCCGUGCGCAGGACCUCAGCAAUGUUUCCUUUGGCUAUGAUGAAGCCAACUGCAGCAUCCUGGAGAUCGGGCAGUACGCUACCCUCAACAUCCCGACGAGGGAGGCAUUUGGGGACAGGUUUGCAGAUGAGCUGAGCGUGCUGAUGAAGCUCAGGUACUCGCUGAAGGAGGACACCAGCCUAGUGACCAUCCUUAGCCAUCAGAGCCACGUGCUCUUCCAGAUCAGGAUUAGCCAGUACGCCCUGGUCUUUGUCACCACGAGGAGGAGACAUUACGAGUUCCCAGUUUCCUUUCUCGGCGAUGGACACUGGCACCAAGUUGCUCUCAGCAUCUCCGUGGAGAGGCUGGAGUUGCAUGUGGACUGUCGGCUGGUGGACAGAGUGAGCUGGUCCAAUUAUUUUGGGAUGGGAGUGAACACUGAGGGGCUGAUCGUCAUCGGAGGCCUGAUCGAGUCCUUUGAGAUCCCCUUCAAGGGUUCUCUGCAGCAACUGACCUUCAUGAUGGGAGACCCAACAGCCGCCAGCGAGCACUGCCGGAGCUACAACUCAACGUGCACACGCUCCUUCAACCUCAACCGUUUCGGAUCCCCGUGGGAGCUUUCGCCAGCCUGGCCAGAGGUGCCAAAAGAAACCAAUGAAAUCCAGGACUCGUCUGCUCAGGACUCCAGACUCGCCAAUUCAGAUUUGACGCUGGGGCCACCUUGGACGUGGGAGGAUGCCCAGGAGACCCUCAACCUCCAGCCUGAUGGGAGCGCCCUGAAUUCGCUCUCUGCUACCGAGAUGCCGUCGGCUGAGGAGGAGGACAGCCUUUCUAUUGAGGAUGAAGGCUUUGAGCUGUUGAACUCCACCUAUAAUAAAAUCACCGGCCCCGGCAGGCCAGGGCUUGGUAGGAGCAGCCCGCGGGUCGCUGGCAGCUCCGGACCCUCCAUCAAAACACACAGAGCAACCAAGAAGGAGCGUGCCUCCGACCCCCGGGAGGAGAACGUCACCACGGAGAAGCUGACGGGUGAUGCGGGCACCCUGCGGCGGCUCUCACCCGGCAAACCUGGCGAUGCCGUCACUGACCUGGACGUGCCUGCCACCUUCGCCAAGGUCUCCCCGUCGGCACGUCAGGCGGCUGCCCCCAAAGGAAACGUGCCCAAAGGUCCCCUGGGGACGGGGCCAGCGGCGGGUGUCCCGGAGCAUCCUCCGGUCUCAGCCAGCCCCGCUGUCCCGGGGCUCGGGGACAGCACCGCCCACCCGGGACACCCCAUCUCGCCGCUGGCACACGGGCAGCAGGGUCACCUGAAGCCGGGACCACCGGGGCUGCCGGGACCGCCGGGGCUGCCGGGCUGUCCUGGGAGACGUGGUCUGGUGGGACCCAAAGGAGACAAAGGGUACCCUGGAGCCAUGGGGCGCACGGGCCCCCCGGGUGAUCCAGGCCCUGCGGGCAUCCCUGGUGUCCCCACCAUCGUCCUCUGGAGGAACUCUAGGGAGGACUGGCAGACGUUCACGCAAUCAUCGUUUUACCAGCUUCUACAUGCAGGCUGGCCGAGAAAACCUGGAGCCCCCGGGCCCCCAGGACAUCCAGGGAAGGCAGGAGCACCUGGACCCUGCGGAGAUCCGGGGGAGCCGGGCGAGAAGGGCCGGCGGGGGUACGCGGGUGAACCCGGGCUCCAAGGCUUGCCGGGACGUGCGGGUUACCCCGGCUCGGAUGGCUUCCCUGGCCUGGAUGGCAAGCCUGGGCCGUGGGGGCUGCCGGGCGAGCAGGGACUGCAGGGCUUCCAGGGAGACCGGGGACUGGUUGGCGAGAAGGGAGAAGAGGGUUUCUUGGGUGACCCUGGACCAGUUGGGGAGAAAGGAGAGAAGGGAGCGAAGGGGAUGAAGGGAAAGAACGGCUUGCCAGGUCCUGCUGGGCUUCACGGGCUGUCGGGUCUGAAGGGUGCGAUGGGCUUCCAGGGCCCCGUGGGGCCGGAGGGAGAAGGUGGCUCAGUGGGUCCCCCAGGCCCUGCCGGCCCCAUGGGAGAGCUGGGCCAGCCGGGAACGGUCGGGUGCCGAGGUGUCAACGGCUCCCAGGGAGAAAUGGGUCCUCCUGGUCUGCCCGGCCCCCGGGGCCCCAAGGGACCGCAGGGCUUGCAGGGGAGACGCGGCCCCCCCGGCCCCAGGGGCACGCAGGGUCUGGCUGGGAACGAGGGAUCCGCUGGUCCCAAAGGAGACACCGGUGGAGACGGUGCCCCUGGGCUGAGGGGACAGCCGGGACAGGAGGGCCCUGCGGGGUUUAUUGGCCUGCCAGGUUCAAAAGGCACCCAAGGAGAGCGGGGCUGUCGAGGUCCAGGUGGAGCCAAGGGAGACCUGGGAGCCAAAGGAGACAAGGGUCCCUGCGGAGCACAAGGAGCAAAAGGGCCCCCAGGGAUUCGGGGGCAGGUCGGCUUGCAGGGCUUUCCCGGCCCCCGAGGAGCGGUGGGGCCCCGGGGACCAGACGGGGAGGAAGGCCAGAUCGGCCCGGCGGGGCUGAACAGCAGCGAGGGACCCAAGGGAGGACGAGGACCUGAUGGCCCGAAGGGAACCCCAGGACCGCGGGGAGCCCGGGGCCGCGUGGGUCAGCGCGGGCUGGUCGGAGUCCCUGGGCUGCCCGGCUUGCGGGGUGUCCCGGGAGCAGAAGGCACAGAAGGAAAGCCUGGUACACAGGGUCCCCCAGGGACCAUGGGCAGCCCGGGCAGGAGGGGACCACCGGGUUUUGCCGGCUUGCAGGGGGGCCGUGGGCACGCAGGACCUCCUGGAUCGAUAGGCUCUCUGGGACAACCUGGACCUGACGGAGACCCAGGUUUCCAGGGCCCAAAGGGGCUGCCUGGCAAGCCUGGCUCGGAGGGGCCGCAGGGACCUGUCGGCACCUAUGGGUACCCGGGACCUGCUGGUGACCGCGGGAGGCCGGGGCGCAGGGGAGACAAGGGAGAAAUGGGAGCCCAAGGCCCACCGGGAUUUCCAGGAAAAGCUGGUCCCAAGGCCCUGCCAGGUCCCCCUGGUCCGCGAGGCGCUCCUGGCUCCCAGGGCAGAGCGGGAGACCCAGGUCCUCGAGGGCUUCCAGGGCUGCCUGGUGUUCCCGGUGUGCGGGGGCUGGACGGCGUCCCCGGGAAGCCUGGCUCGGCAGGAGAAUCGGGGGCUCCUGGAGCGGCUGGUGCUGCUGGCCCGCCUGGGUACCCGGGACGGGAAGGUCCAAACGGACCUGAAGGGCCUUCGGGGACGAGAGGAGAGAAGGGCGAUGUGGGAGAUCCUGGGGAGGCCGGCGUCAGCGGGCUGGAUGGCGAGCAGGGACUGCCGGGACCGCCGGGAGCAGAGGGUCAGCCGGGGCCCAAAGGCGAGCAGGGAGAUGCAGGAACCUGUGGAGCUCCGGGCAUCAGAGGGGACCCUGGGGAGCCAGGGAACGAUGGGCCAGGGGGGCCACUGGGGAGGCCCGGGGAGCAAGGAAAGGAGGGCGACGCUGGUGAUGCUGGAGACCCGGGCGAGCCAGGACCGCAGGGACAGAAGGGUGAUGCCGGCCCCAGGGGCCUUCCUGGAGCGCCUGGCCCGGGAGCUGCCACGGGGGAAAUCGGAGAGAAAGGCCAUAAAGGAGAGAAGGGCCAAGAAGGUUUGCUGGGCCAGGUCGGUGUCACUGGAGCUGCGGGACCUGCUGGAGCCAGAGGACGGUUUGGUGGGACGGGUCUCCGAGGUCCUCCUGGGCUUGACGGUCCUGAUGGAGUGAAGGGAGAUCCAGGGCCACGAGGCAUGGACGGACCCGCUGGUGCUGCUGGAUUAGAGGGACUCGCUGGAGAUGAUGGAGUCAAGGGAGACAGCGGCAAGCCCGGUCCAGUGGGUGCAGCGGGUGCCUGGGGACCCGCGGGUGUCCCUGGGCUCCGGGGCUACCCCGGGCACGAAGGAGCCAGAGGAGCGGCGGGUGCCAAGGGAGAGCCGGGCCGGCAGGGUCCUCUCGGGCCAUGGGGCGAAGCCGGAGCCACGGGGCUGAGCGGCACCGAGGGCCUGGUGGGUGCGAAAGGGGAGCCGGGCGAGCCGGGAAAACCGGGGCAAACGGGGUCUCCGGGACAAGCCGGUCCUAAAGGGCGGAAAGGUCGCAAAGGAGAAAAGGGCGAUGUGGGGCAUGAAGGGGAAGAAGGGGUCCCCGGAGAAGCUGGCAGACGGGGCAAGCGAGGCAAGGUGGGCCACCGGCCCCCGAGAGGCCCCCGCGGACCCAAGGGCUACCCGGGUGACAAGGGGCCAGAAGGACCCCAGGGCCCCCAAGGACCCUACGGCAUCCCAGGGCUGAAGGGCAUGAAAGGAGACCCUGGACCGAAAGGACACAAGGGCGAGAAGGGCAGCGUGGGUGACCUGGGCCAGCAAGGGGACGAUGGCUUCAAGGGCAAGUCGGGACCCCAUGGCGUCCCCGGGAUGCCAGGACCCAAAGGACAGCAGGGUGACACUGGCCCCCCUGGCCCGCGGGGACACCCUGGCUUCCCCGGGACACCGGGCUUGUCCGGACCCAAAGGGCUGAAAGGUUUCCCGGGGCUGCCGGGCCCCAGGGGUGCGCCGGGCCUGCCGGGUCUUGCCGGCCCCCCCGGUCCCAGCGGCCCCACGCUGAUGCUGUCCAGGGAGGAGCUGCGGCACCUAAUUUAUCCCUCCAACCACCUGAAUUACACCGCAGUCCGGGCUCUGCUGGACACCCUGAGCCAGGAGCUGCAAGCCCUCGUAGAGCAUCCCAACGGCACCAGAACCAACCCGGCGGCCACCUGCAAGGAGCUGCUGCUGGCUUACCCCAGCUUGCCCGACGGGCAAUACUACAUCGACCCCAACCAGGGCAGCCCCCAGGACGCGCUGGUGGCCUUCUGCAACUUCACAGCGGGGGGUGAGACCUGCAUAGCCCCCGUCCACAACCAGGUCCCCAUCAAGGCUUGGCUGAGCGCCUACGCCUCCGAGGACACCUUCGAGUGGUUCAGCACCCUGCCCGGGGGCUUCCUGCUGGAGUACGCGGGGGCCAGCCCGGUGCAGCUCCGCUUCCUCCGCCUGCACAGCCGCCUGGCCACCCAGAAGGUCUCGUACUCCUGCAGACCAGCGCCUGAGCCGGGCCAGCCCCAGCCGGAGAAGGAAAUCCUUUUCCUGGCUGACUCCCGGGAGCAGAGCUAUGCAGCCAGCCUGCAAGGCUGCGUGCUGGACAACGAGUCCUCCAUCACCGACACCAUCUUCCAGUUCACCACGGAGGAGCUCUCCCUGCUGCCGCUGCGGGACCUGGCCGUCUUUCACAACGGUGAUGCCUCGCACCAGUUUGGUUUCACAGUCGGACCAGUUUGCUUCAGCUGAAACCGGUGACACCCAAACCGAGCCGGCCGGUUCCCUUGCCACCCAAGAACUGUCCCGCUGGGAACAUGUGCGGAGGCUGGGGGUGGCACAGGGCUCCCACCCACUCCCCGGAGCUGCCUCUCCUCUUUCUGAGAUACGUGUUUGUAGCUGCAUUAUGCCACGGACUACACUUCCUUCUGGAGUAGAAGAAUAUUGUUUA